UGCAGGCUCUGUGCCUCCGACCGGCAGACAUUGUUUUCAUAGCUCUGGUUUACUACAAUCAGCCAACACAGGCACAGUUUCGUGGAGAUCCUCUGUUACAAUCAUUCGGACUUUCAAAACACGGUCACUGAAGAGAGUCAUCCACAAUCUGUUUGGCAAUAAAAAUAACAUUGACAGAAGAAAUCACCGUCGUAGUUCCCCUUCGGAAACCAUUUGUCUGCUUUUCAAUGAAUCAGCGUUCAACACCAUAUUGCCCUCAUAGCUCAUCAGUAAGCUAAGGACCCUGGGACUAAGCACUUCUCUCUGCAACUGGAUCCUGGACUUCCUGACGGGCUGCCCCCAGGUGGUAAGGGAUGAGGAAAAUCCAGGCACUCAGAGACGACUCCUGGCUAUCGUCCUCGUCCAGGAUUCUGUAAACUCUGCUUUCUGUUUCAGCUGUGGAGAGGUAACCUGAAGGCAUUGACUGUUUUGGACCAGAGAUUCCGGUCCCCGUACCAGAAACUUGUGACGGGACGGAGGAGUGGACACAAACUAAGAACCCUCUUUGCUACAACCAGCCGUGUUGGAUGCAGCUGAAUAACAAGCUGAGAAAAAGAAAGAGCAGUGGACUUUCCUGCUCCAUUCAGAGGACUGCCAUCCAUGUGGUGGUAUGAUGAGACUGUGAGUCAGGAGAAACACAAUCAGACGGGAGCAGAUUGAUAGAGAGGGAGAGAAAGAAAGGGAGAGGAGUGAGUGUCAAGGUGCCCUCCUGACCCCAAGGUGAUAGCACCAGUAAAGGCAGCAAGGAUGACCAGCCUGUUCAGGCGAAGCAACAGUAAUGGAGGCUCCGGUGGAGGAGGAGGAGUAGGUGGUGGUGGUUCUUCCCCAGGAGAGCUCAACAACAGCCGGCCUAACCGACAGGUGCGGCGCCUGGAGUUCAACCAGGCCAUGGAGGACUUCAAGAUCAUGUUCCCCACCAUGGAUUACGAGGUCAUCGAGUGCGUCCUGCGCUCCAACAAUGGGGCGGUGGACGCCACCAUCGACCAGCUCCUCCAGAUGAGCAUCGACGGAGAGGGAUCGGAUGACAGCUCUGACUCCGAUGAUAGCAUCCCACCAGAGAUUCUGGAGAGGUCAUUAGAACCUGACAGUUCCGACGAGGAACCUCCCCCCAUCUACUCACCGCCCACUUAUGACAUGCACAUCUACGACAGGAAGUACCCCGAGGCCCCACCCACCCCUCCACCCAGGUUUGAGGCCCAGCUCCCGCCAGGUCACCGGCAGGUCCGCAGCUACAGGAACUGGAAUCCACCGUUGCUUGGCAACCUGCCAGAUGAUUUCCUGCGGAUCCUGCCACAGCAACUGGAUAGUAUACAGGGCUCACAGAGCAGUCUGUCCGAGCCUUCUUCUUCCUCCUCUCUGUCCUCCAUCGUCCAGCAGACAAACCAGGGAGUCUCCAAGCCAGGGACUGGUGGAGCCCUGGGGGCACCUGGAGGGCCCGGGGGCAUGGCAGGGGUAGUCACGGAGCAGGAGCGUAAACUGAAACAGUACCUGGAUGAUGAACGCAUCGCUCUGUUCCUCCAGAACGAGGAGUUCAUGAGGGAGCUGCAGCGCAACCGCGAGUUCCUUGUCGCCCUGGAGAGAGAUCGCUUGAAGUACGAAUCAAAGAAAUUCAAGUCCAAUCAUUCAUCCUCUUACAUGGAGAAUUCCACAGCAGGUAGAUGUCAUUCAUCCUCUUACAUGGAGAAUUCCACAGCAGGUAGAUGUCAUUCAUCCUCUUACAUGGAGAAUUCCACAGCAGGUAGAUGUCAUUCAUCCUCUUACAUGGAGAAUUCCACAGCAGGUAGAUGUCAUUCAUCCUCUUACAUGGAGAAUUCCACAGCAGGUAGAUGUCAUUCAUCCUCUUACAUGGAGAAUUCCACAGCAGGUAGAUGCCAUUCAUCCUCUUACAUGGAGAAUUCCACAGCAGGUAGAUGCCAUUCAUCCUCUUACAUGGAGAAUUCCACAGCAGGAGAGCACUGUGCUUCGAGGUCGAUGGAGGCUUGCACCGCUGUGUCAGAUGACGCCAUGUUCAGAGACAAACUCAAACACAUGGGCAAAUCAACAAGAAAGAAGCUGUUUGAAAUCGCCAGAUCAUUCUCUGACAAGACAAAGAGAAGAAAGUUAAAAAGAAGAACGCUCCUGAAGCACCAGUCACUGGGCACAGCCAACUCCACAGCCAACCUCCUGGAAGAUGUGGAGGGAAGCCCAGAAGAUGGCCAGCCCAGAAGAUCAGACACUCAGGAAGACGAUGUGCCACACAAGGAGCCUUUGUCAUGAUUCUCCAAGGCUGCACCACAUCAGGGUUUCCAUGGUGACAGCAGAAUGACCCAUGGCUGGUGGCCACGCAAUACUUUGGCUCCCUCCCCUAACCCAGGCCAGCCAAUCCCAGGCCCAGAAGUGACCUGGGACCACCCCCGCGCCCAGGAGGAGAGGAAGCAGACUGCUACCACCUCUCCUUAACUCUGACUGUUCAUAACCGCAUUGGAUUACCAUUAUAAUCUCUGUAUUAUAACUCUUCAUUAAUAUAUGAUUUCACGUGUAAAGGGAAGAUGCAUUAGUCUUUUGACAGUUCUUUUUUGUCGUUGUGUCAGCUCCCUUUAAUCCCCAUUACAGAAGGCAUGGCAGCCCUGCUAGUGAUGAUCUUAACAUAUGGACUCAUCUAGUGUUACCGCUCUAAUCUCUUUGAUAUGGCUGGGGUAGGUCACUCGAGAGCCAAAGUGUGCACAAGCACCUCUGAAAUGUCUCAUAAUAAAUCAUGUUCACUCCCAGUACCCAUGUGUUGCUAUGCCCAUUUGGUCACAGUUUUAAACAGACAGUAAACAGUGAUGAUGUGGCAAGUUUUCAACUAGAAUCACCGCUCAAUCCCAUGUUUCCUGAAAGUUCAGGACACAGAAACAACUUGUAAACAUAGACUCUAACAUUACAGUUGACUCCCCCUUGUAUAUCUGGAUUUGCCUCAGAGCAAUUUGACAGCAGAUGAUAUCAUCAGAGACCUGUGCGUGUCAGUCAAGGGGUUGUUAUUUAAGUUGCCCUGCUCAAAUGUCAACAAACCCUUCUGUUGCACCCUCCUAUAUCAAAGAGGCAUUCAAACCUGCCAAAAGGGUCACUUGUUCCAAGCGGGUCAUAUUUCAUCCCAUAUUGUUAUGUCAAUGUGUAACUAAAAGCCAAGUGUAACCUUUAAUCCCAUUUCAGGAACUCUGACAAACUUCUUAAGAUUUCAUGUGAACUGAAAUAUCCCUCGAGCUAACUGACUGCCAUAUCUCACUAUUCUCAUGUCUUUUUCAAUACAGCAUUUAUAUACUAACCCUAUUUCGUUGAGAGUAAGGAGGGGUGCAUAUUGCUGAAUUUGUGUUAUUAAUGAGUACACAAUAAUAUAACUAGUAGAAAUAUUUGAUAAACAAAUAUGGCAGUGAUCUGUGCACAUUGCUCUAUAAACAUGUGUUUUAUGUGGUGUAAUGGGAAAUGAACCGUUUGUAAUUAGAAGUGUUGGGUAUGGAGAGAGCAGAACAUGAUAUGGAUGAUGCCUCUGUGAGGUGGGGACUGGCAUUGAUCUUGAUUAGAUGCUGUUGGGUGUAUCGGUAGAAAACAGGAGGCUGAUGAUGACCCAGUGCUGUGAUAUGAGUUUCAACAGACAGUCGAGCUUGAUUUAAAGUCAACCCUUUGAGCCACUAUCUGAUUCGCAAGGUUUCACAUUGAUCCGUCACUUUCCCAACUAUUGGAAAUGAUUACUGUCUUAUUCUGAAGCCUUCUCACCUGAAGGGUGCUCUUUGCCCACGAUCGUUAAAAAGGAAGGGACAGACUGGUGUAGGAAAUAUGGUGGCAACUCUCUCUCCACCAUGCUUCUAAAAAAUUCUAUGUUUUAAAAUUGAUGCAUAAAAGUGAGCAAGCCAAGUGCACACUUUAGGGAGAAGGGUGGGGAAUUGGAACACCAAUUCAUUCACUCUACCUUCUUAAAUGAAUUCACAUGUAAAUGUUUGAUUUGCUCACUCUCAAUAUAGAUGGCUCCAUGAUUGAAACGUAUGUUUUUACUAUUGAAAUUUAAGAUGAUUCAAAUCAAAUCACCCAUUUACAGUUUUUCCUUGAUUUAGGAACGAGACAUGUUUUAACCCUUCUCUGUCAGGAUGGGUCCUGUGUGGCUCAGUCGGUAGAGCAUGGCGCUUGCAACGCCAAGCGUCGUGGGUUCGAUUCCCGCUGGGGCCGCCCAUAUGUAAAAGUAGUGGCCCCAGCCGACUUGUAAGUCGCUUUGGACAAAAGCGUCUGCUAAAUGGGAUAUAUAAUAUAUAUAUAUGUUGACAGAAGACCUCAUUGGUGAUUAGUCAUGUGUUGUAUAUAAGGAGAAAGGUAUGUUUGUUGAACAUAUGGAGUAAGUUGUGUAUGUACAAGUAUUGAUUGUGUGAAGGGAGGCUGAAAUCGACCCUUUCAGUGUUCUUUUUGAAGUCUUGAUGUUAUGGAUUGGGUUUGGAAUUUUGACAGUUUCUGUCUGUUGUCAUUUUCUUGUUUGUUAGUUUUGCUCUCAGCAUUUUUCUCAUAUAGGUCUUCAAACUCUCUAAACAUGUUUGCCAAUAAAAUGUGUUUAUUGCCCUU